GCUUUCCCCUGCGGGUCCCCCCGGAGCCGCCCGUCCCGGUGGCGCGGUCCCGGGUGCGGGCUGAGCGCGGCGGCGUGAGGCGCUGUCAGCCGCCAGGGGCUGUGCCCGCCGCCAUGGAGCCGCAGCGCUGGCUGCCCCUCGAGGCCAACCCCGACGUCACGAAUCAGUUUCUCAAGCAAUUAGGUAUACAUCCUGACUGGCAAUUUGUAGAUGUCUAUGGCAUGGAACCAGAACUGCUUAGCAUGGUGCCAAGACCUGUAUGUGCAGUGCUACUUCUCUUUCCAAUAACAGAAAAGUAUGAAACCUUCAGAACAGAAGAAGAAGAGAGAAUAAAAGCUAAGGGGCAAGAUGUCAAAUCAUCAGUGUAUUUCAUGAAGCAGACUAUCAACAAUGCUUGUGGAACAAUUGGGUUAAUUCAUGCCAUUGCAAACAACAGAGAUAAAAUGAACUUCGAAACUAAUUCAUCACUGAAAAAGUUCCUAGAAGAUUCAUUAUCUAUGACUCCUGAAGAAAGGGCCAAAUAUCUAGAAACUUAUGAAGCUAUUCGUGUCACUCAUGAAUCCAGUGCCCACGAAGGUCAGACCGAGUCGUCAUCGUCCUCGCUGUCUUCACCACCAUCUUCAUCGCAGCCUCAGGUUAGCCACAGCAGAACGAAGGCUUCACCAUUGUGUCACUCUGCAUCCCUCUCCUGGGCUAAACGUAAUCAUGUAGGUCCUGCAAAAGCUACCAGUCCGUCAAUCCGUCUUCGUCGUUGGCGGCCCUUGAUACGCCUUCCAUCUGUUGGGCUUCAUUCUGUUGCACCAAGUAUAGAUGAAAAAGUAGAUCUUCACUUUAUUGCAUUAGUUAACGUAGGUGGUCAUCUCUAUGAAUUGGAUGGACGCAAGCCAUUUCCAAUAAACCAUGGGGAAACUAGUGAUGAUUCUUUCCUAGAGGAUGCAAUAGAAGUUUGCAAGAAAUUCAUGGAACGUGACCCAGAAGAACUAAGAUUUAAUGCAAUCGCACUAUCUGCAGCUUAAAACUUUUCCAGUUGGGCUAAUCCACUGCAGUGUAUUGUAACAAUAAAACCGUUGCCAUAUGUUAAUAGUACAAAUUUUGAUACUUCCCUAACAUCUUGAUUAAUUGUAGUAUACGUGGAAUAAACUUUGCAUUUGUCCUUGCCAUAUCUUAGUGCUUGUUCCUGAAGCAACUUGGUGUAUUUAUAUACACGCAUGCAUUUUGUGCAAAACUUGUGUGUGGUGGAGUCUUCUCCUUCCACCCCCUUAAAAGUUUUGGGAAUUACUACCUGUGAUACUUCAUCGUAAUAACGACGAGCUAGCUGAAAGCAGGACUAUCGUUCAUAUCAUUUGCAUAUAACAUUUGAGUGGAGUUGGUGAUAAUGGGCAAAAACUUGAAAUACAAGGUUAUCUGCAUCUUUUAAUGAAAUGAUACAAGAAUAUUAUAAGAACUUUUGCAGGUGACUCAAGACAAUUUUCACUGAAUUAUUUAUAAAUAAAUAUAUGGAAGAAAAAAAGCCGGAAGAAUGACUGUUUCUUCGUACUAAUAUUUUACAUUUCUUACCUUUACAUUUUGAAUAAAAAUUAAUUUUGUUUUUCAAGCCUAAUAAUGUUAAUAAAUUAUCAAAAAGAUGUAGUUAAA